GUACUUCCUUCCAUACAACAUCCACCGGCUGGUGAGAGGCCUUAGAGAUCUACUUUGAAAUCAGAGUGGCAAUAUAGUACAAGGAAACCCAGUUGUGCUCAGGCUGGGAGGUGUGAUCUGUUCAUACCCGAAGUCUUAAAAGCAAUUAAAAAAAAAAAAUAUAUGGUAGUUUACUGUGCCGCAGAGUCAACUAGGCUACCCGCUGAAAACUACUGGCAAGCUGCAACCCGUCACCAUCAAUCAUCAUCAAAAACUACCGGUGGCGGUGCUCAACUACUGGAUAAAAACUACCGUUGCGCAGAGUCGCUGCGCACCCCUUCCUUGAAGUUGUCGUCAGACGUUGAGUCGUUGACGGUCUACCUCUUCAUCUGUGUGAAAAAACUUCACCAAUCAUCAUGACCUCAAAUGUUUUCAUCAUGGACAAUGGGGCCCACACCAUCAAAGCAGGCUACUCCAAUCAAACAGAACCAAGAGUGCUGCUGAAUGCGGUCAUGAAAGCCAAGAGUGAGAGAAGGCGGCCAUUCAUUGGUGAUCAACUGGAUGACUGCAGAGAUGCAUCUGGUCUCUUUUAUAUCUUGCCUUUUCAAAAGGGUUACCUUGUCAACUGGGAUGUGCAGAAGACCGUGUGGGAUUAUGUUUUUAGCAAAGAAAUCUUCAACGUGAACCAUGCAAGCACAACUCUGAUUGUCACUGAGCCCUUCUUCAACUUCACCUCCAUACAAGAGGCCAUGAGCGAGAUAUUCUUUGAAGAGUAUGAGGUGGAUGCGCUCCUUAGGAUAAACGCGGGCGAUCUAUCAGUUCACAAAUACCACCGCGACCGCCCCAAAGAACUCUGCUGUCUGUUGGUCGACUCAGGCUUCAGCUUCACACACAUCGCGCCUUACAUUCAAGGCAAGAAGCAGAAGGAUGCCAUCAUCAGGAUAGAAAUGGGUGGAAAGAUGCUCACCAAUCACCUCAAGGAUAUUGUUUCUUACAGGCAACUUAACGUCAUGGACGAGACUUACGUCAUCAAUCAGGUGAAGGAAGACUCGUGCUUUGUGAGCGCAGAUUUCAAUGCGGACAUGAAGAAGGCGCGCCUCAAACCCCCCGCUAACGACAUCCUACGAGACUACGUCUUGCCAGACUUCACCACCAUCAAGCGCGGCUACCUCCGCUCCUUAGAAGAAUCUAAUGGAAAAAGCCCUAAUAAUGAACAGCUGAUCCGCCUGAAUAACGAGCGUUUCGCGGUGCCGGAGCUGCUAUUCCGGCCUUCAGAUAUCGGCGUGCCACAGCAAGGCGUGGCGGAGGCCGUGGUGCAGGCCAUCUCCUCGUGUCCUGAGGAGACCAGACCUCACCUCUACAGGAAUAUCUUCCUGACAGGUGGUAACUGCAACAUACCAGGCUUCUGUGAGCGCGUUUACAGUGAAGUGAGAAGUGCCGCACCUGCCGAAUACCAAGUCAACGUUUCUCUCGCCAAAGGGCCAACGCAGUACGCAUGGCACGGAGGAGCUGCCGUCAGCCAAUCCGCUCAGUUUCCCGAGCAGCUCGUCACCAGGGACGACUGGGAGGAGAGUGGCUUCUCGGCCUGUUCUGCCAAGUUCAGCGUCUGAAUUGACGUUGCUGUUGCGCUGUUGAAUUGUGGCUGUUAUUCCGAUGGCGUGAAUCUUUUCGUAAUGAUGGUCUGAAAUAUUACCCUAACUUUGAUGUCCAAGUGGCCGAGAUCCAUUAUCGACGAUUUAAUUAAGUUAAGCAUUUACUACAAUCAUUCAUAGACACGAUGUCUCAAAUGUAAUAGCGAUAGUAAUUUUCUAUUUUAAACCUAUAAAAACCUAAGGAAUCUCA